AUGCCCGUGGAAACGCGCAGCGCCCGCAAAGCCCAGCAGCGCUCCUGCACCUCCACCUCCGCCGCCGCCGCCGCCACAAAACGCGGAUCCACACCGCCCUCCUCCUCCUCCUCCUCCACCUCCCCACCCAGCCCAGCAGCAGCACCACCCUCCUCAACCCCGCUGCCGCCGCCGCCGCCCCUCCCCCUCCUCCCCCACCUCCACGCCUCCCUCCACCACGCCACCACCCGCACCCAAACCCUCACCACCGCCCUCGCCGCCAUCACAUCCCGCCUCGCCGCCGCGACCGCCAACCUCGCGACCGCCAAGCGGCACCUCGCCGACGCGACGGCGCAGGCGCGCGAGUCCAAGCGCAUCAUCUGCCGGUACCUGGAGCUCAGCCUCACGGCGCUGCCGCCGUGCAAGUCGCUCGACCUGCCGAUGGAGGUGUAUUCGGACGAGGGCGGCGCGGCGCUGGCGGCGCUGGUGCGCGAGCAGGAGGGGGCGGUGGGGAGGCUGAGGCGGGAGGUGGAGAGGGUGAGGGGGAGGGUGGGGGAGGGGAGGAGGGAGUGCGAGAGGUUGAGGAGGAGGAUUAGGCGCGUGGAGGAGGGGGAGCAGGGGAGCGGGAGCGGGAGCGGGAGGGGGAGGGGGAAGAGGAGACGGAGGAGGUCGGGUUGA